GCCGCCGCACUUCCUCAAUCAGAGAAAAAGAAACAAGCGAAGAGGAAAAACGCCACCAAGUCGCUUCGUCCUCACAAACAACUCCCACCAGGUGACUCCUGGCACCAUGCCUCCUUUCUUGAGGAUCGCCUUCAACGCCUUUGAGCUGGGCAACCAUCCCCCCCUAUCCGAUCCCCCUUUCUGUGCAAUCAAGAUGAAGGAGGCCUUGACAACUGAACGAGGCAAGGCCCUGGUACAGCGCAAACCCACCAUGUAUCCGGCCUGGAAGGCCAGUUUCGACGCGCACAUCCACGAGGGCCGUGUGCUGGAGAUACUCCUGAUGAAGACCGCAGAGGAGCAGCUGGCCGAGGUCACGGUCGGCGUGUCUGUGCUCGCUGAACGCUGCAAGAAAGCAAGCGGGCGUAUUGAAUUCUGGGUGGAUCUCCAUCCUUCUGGUAAAGUUAUGAUGGCCGUGCAGUACUUUUUGGAAGGAGCGGAGUCAGAGAGCAAGCAGGCGUCCAAAGAAGAAGAGGCUCCUACCCUUAAUCGCAGACGAGGUGCCAUCAAGCAGGCAAAGAUCCACUUCAUAAAGAACCACGAGUUCCUCGCCACCUUCUUCAGGCAGCCCACAUUCUGCUCUGUGUGCAGAGAGUUUGUCUGGGGUCUCAACAAGCAAGGCUACAAAUGUAGACAAUGCAAUGCAGCCAUCCACAAGAAAUGCAUAGAAAAAAUCAUCGGCAGAUGCACCGGUACUGCUGCCAACAGUCGAGACACUGUGUUCCAGAAGGAGCGCUUCAACAUCGACAUGCCGCACCGCUUCAAGGGGCACAACUACAUGAGUCCCACUUUCUGCGACCACUGUGGGAGUAUGCUGUGGGGUCUUGUCAAGCAAGGACUGAAAUGUGAAGAUUGCUCCAUGAACGUUCACCACAAGUGUCAGCAUAAAGUGGCCAACCUUUGUGGCAUCAACCAGAAGCUGCUUGCUGAAGCACUGACACAAGUCAGCCAGAAAUCCUUCACUCGUCGUUCUGAUCCAAACCUUCCGAAUCUGCCGGAUAUUGGAAUCUACGACGAGGUUAACAAGCUGUCUGAACUGGACAUCAACGAUUCACUAAGUCACUAUGGUAGAAUAUGGGAUGGCUCCAGCCUGCAGCCUCAGACCCGUCUCACCCAUCUGACACACAUCAACGUGGACAACUUUGUCUUCCAAAAGGUCCUAGGAAAAGGCAGCUUUGGCAAGGUUCUCUUGGCGGAGCUGAAAGGUCGCGAAGAGUACUUUGCAGUGAAAGCUCUGAAGAAGGACGUGGUGCUGAUGGACGACGAUGUGGAGUGCACCAUGGUGGAGAAGAGAGUCUUAGCUCUGGCCUGGGAAAAUCCCUUCCUCACACACCUGUACUCAACUUUCCAGACCAAGGAACAUCUCUUCUUUGUCAUGGAGUAUUUGAACGGAGGAGACCUAAUGUUUCAUAUUCAGGAAAAAGGACGUUUUGAUGUCGCCAGAUCCACGUUUUACUCUGCAGAGAUCAUUUGUGGCCUUCAGUUUCUACAUUCUAAAGGCAUCAUCUACAGAGACCUAAAGUUAGACAAUGUCAUGCUGGAUCACGAGGGACACAUCAAGAUCGCUGACUUUGGCAUGUGCAAGGAGAACGUGUUCGGAGAAAACCGCGCCACCACCUUCUGUGGCACGCCUGACUACAUCGCCCCUGAGAUCCUGCUGGGCCAGAAGUACUCCUUCUCAGUGGACUGGUGGUCCCUUGGCGUGCUGCUCUACGAAAUGCUGGUGGGACAAUCCCCCUUCCACGGAGACGAUGAGGAUGAGUUGUUUGAGUCCAUCCGCAUGGACACCCCGCACUACCCCCGCUGGAUCAACAAGGAGGCCAAGGAGCUGCUGGAGAAGCUGUUUGAAAGAGACCCCACACGCAGGCUGGGCAUCACAGGUGACAUCCGCUCACACGCCUUCUUCAAGUCCAUCGACUGGCAGGCCUUGGAGGACAAAGAUGUGGAGCCGCCUUUCAAGCCCAAAGUGCGAGCGCCCAACGACUGCAGCAACUUUGACCGCGAGUUCCUGAGCGAGAAGCCUCGCCUGUCCUACAGCGACAAGAACUUCAUCGACUCCAUGGACCAGGCCGCCUUCGCCGGCUUCUCUUUCAUCAACCCCAAGAUGGAGCAGCUUUUAGAGAAGUAACCCUCCACCUCCCGAGUCGCACGGCUCCACUUGCCAAGGAGCUGCUCCGCCAGCAGUAUUUGCCUCACCUUAGAUUGUUAGCGCAUUAAGAGGAAGUGUAAAUAUGAAUGUGCAUGCCUUAAUGAAUACAAGAAUCAUAAUAAUAGGACGGUACACCUUGCUCCUUUUUUUAGCGGCCUGCAGCACAUCCUCAAAUCUAACUUUAAGGGGCCCAAGGGGGACCCCAGUGGAGCACUUUAUAAAAUACUUGUUUUAAAGGGGAACAUUAUCACCAGACCUAUGUAAGCGUCAAUAUAUACCUUGAUGUUGCAGAAAAAAGACCAUAUAUUUUUUUAACCGAUUUCCGAACUCUAAAUGGGUGAAUUUUGGCGAAUUAAACGCCUUUCUAAUAUUCGCUCUCGGAGCGACAUCGGGAAGCAAUCCGCCAUUUUCUCAAACACCGAGUCAAAUCAGCUCUGUUAUUUUCUGAUUUUUCGACUGUUUUCCGUACCUUGGAGACAUCAUGCCUCGUCGGUGUGUUGUCGGAGGGUGUAACAACACGAACAGGGACGGAUUCAAGUUGCACCAGUGGCCCAAAGAUGCGAAAGUGGCAAGAAAUUGGAGGUUUGUUCCGCACACUUUACCGCCGAAAGCUAUGCUACGACAGAGAUGGCAAGAAUGUGUGGAUAUCCUGCGACACUCAAAGCAGAUGCAUUUCCAACGAUAAAGUCAAAGAAAUCUGCCGCCAGACCCCCAUUGAAUCUGCCGGAGUGUGUGAGCAAUUCAGGGACAAAGGGCCUCGGUAGCACGGCAAGCAAUGGCGGCAGUUUGUUCCCGCAGACGAGCGAGCUAAACCCCCUGGAUGUCUUGGCUCACACCGUCCCUUAUGCCACCGAAGAUGAUCAAGAGAAGAAUAUCGACCCUAGCUUCCCUGGCCUGCUGACAUCAACUCCAAAUCUGGACAGAUCAGCUUUCAGGAAAAGAGCGCGGAUGAGGGUAUGUCUACAGAAUAUAUUAAUUGAUGAAAAUUGGGCUGUCUGCACUCUCAAAGUGCAUGUUGUUGCCAAAUGUAUUUCAUAUGCUGUAAACCUAGUUCAUAGUUGUUAGUUUCCUUUAAUGCCAAACAAACACAUACCAAUCGUUGGUUAGAAGGCGAUCGCCGAAUUCGUCCUCGCUUUCUCCCGUGUCGCUGGCUGUCGUGUCGUUUUCGUCGGUUUCGCUUGCAUACGGUUCAAACCGAUAUGGCUCAAUAGCUUCAGUUUCUUCUUCAAAUUCGUUUUCGCUACCUGCCUCCACACUACAACCAUCCGUUUCAAUACACGCGUAAUCUGUUGAAUCGCUUAAGCCGCUGAAAUCCGAGUCUGAAUCCGAGCUAAUGUCGCUAUAGCUUGCUGUUCUAUACGCCAUGUUUGUUUGUGUUGGCAUCACUGUGUGACGUCACAGGAAAAUGGACGGGUGUAUAUAACAAUGGUUAAAAUCAGGCACUUUGAAGCUUUUUUUAGGGAUAUUGCGUGAUGGGUAAAAUUUUGAAAAAAACUUAGAAAAAUAUAAUAAGCCACUGGGAACUGAUUUUUAAUGGUUUUAACCCUUCUGAAAUUGUGAUAAUGUUCCCCUUUAAAUACGCCAUAAAUUAAAGUGAAGUACAGUACAGGCCAAAGGUUUGGACACACCUUCUCAUUCAAUGCGUUUUCUUUAUUGUCAUGACUAUUUACAUUGUAGAUUGUCACAUCAAAACUAUGAAUGAACACAUGUGGAGUUAUGUACUUAACAAAAAAAAAGGUGUACGGAGCUCCUAAAAGGACUUGGGGGGAAAAAUUUGUUUUUCUAAUUUUUAAAUUUGUUUAUUUUUUAUUUUUUAGACAUGUAUGUAUAGUUUCUCGUGCGCACGAGAUACAUGUCAACAAACAAAAAAUAAAUUAAUUAAUUAAUUAAAAAAAAGAUUAUUAAUUUUCACAUUUUUUAAAAUAAUUUUAUAAAAAUAAACUUUCUCGUGCGCACGAGAUAGUUAAUCGUGUCCACGAGAUACAUGUCUAAAAAAAAUUU